GGAAGGCAGGCAGGCUGGAACAGGGACUCAGAUAGAGAGACACAGAAAGUGCAAAGUGUCCAAGGAUCCUAGCACUGCAGAAGGCAAAGAACUGGCUGCACCUCAGAGUGCUCUGCAGGACUGGAAAGCCAUCACUGCUGAACCAAGUCACCAAGACUCCCACUGAUGGACCCUGAGACAGCAUGAGCGGAAAAAAAAGCUGAAAAUAAACAUUUGUUUUAUAGGGAAAAAGCUCUUGGGGGUGCAGGAAGCUGGGGAAAUUGCUGUGCAUGGUAAGCUGUCGCCCUGGGGUGGAGAAGAAGGGGGAUGUGUGGAUGCAUUCUCCCUUGUCCCACUAGUUAGCUAAGGCUGCCUAAAAGGACCUUGCACAUGCAAAGAAAAAUUUGCUAUUCUACAUUGUUGUUACAUGUCCCUGGAAGAGCAUAAGAGGGUGGAGAGUGUCUCUAAGUUGCUCCUGCUUUAGAUACGUGGAUUUGAUGCUUAUCCGGUGGAUUAUGGCUCCAGAUCGGAAAGGAUCCUGCUGUUGUCGCUGCUUGUGGUGGCCGCUAACAAUCAGCUUCAUCAUAGCUUCAGUCUUCCAAGGUGUUCAUUCGCAAAUAGUACUCGUAAAUGACACAGUAUCGGGAUAUGUUGGCACAGAUGUUAUACUUCAUUGUAGCUUCAUCAAUCCUUUACCCAACGUAAAGAUCACUCAGGUCACAUGGCAAAAAUCGACAAAUGGCUCUAAGCAAAAUGUGGCGAUUUACAAUCCUAACAUGGGCGUCUCUGUCCUACCUCCAUACAAAGAACGCGUGGACUUCGAGAGGCCGACAACCCAUGAUGGUACCAUCCAUAUCAAUAGUCUACAGCUAGAAGAUGAGGGGACGUACAUUUGCGAGUUUGCAACUUUUCCAACAGGAAAUCGUGAGAGUCAGCUUAACCUCACUGUUCUUGCCAACCCCGCCAAUAAAAUGGAAGAAACAUCAAAACAAUUGGUUGCAAACUCAAGGUCAAAAGAGAAGGUUGUUGUUGCCACUUGCACGUCUGCCAAUGGGAAACCACCAAGCACCAUAACAUGGGAGACCAAGCUAAAAGGGGAAGCAGAAUAUCAAGAAAUUAAGAAUGAUAAUGGCACUGUGACUGUGAUCAGCCGCUACAAAAUUGUGCCAACCCGAGAGGCUCACAGACAGUCCCUUACCUGUGUCGUAAAUUACCAAACAGAAAGAUUUACAAGAAACAUCACUCUUGGCAUUCAAUAUGAGCCACAAGUUUCAAUUGAGGGUUUUGAUGGUAACUGGUACGUGAAGCGUUCUGAAGUAAAGUUGACGUGCAGAGCAGAUGCCAAUCCACCUGCCCACUCUUACAUAUGGAGAACGGCUAAUGGGACCCUUCCUGACAGCGCAGACGUGAAAAAUAACACAAUAUUUUUCAAGGGGCCAGUAACUUACAGCAUCUCGGGAACAUAUAUUUGUGAGGCCACUAAUGCUAUUGGAAGCCAAACCGGUCAAGUGGAGGUUAAUAUUACAGAGUUCCCUUUCACCCCGACUCCUACAGGACAGACGUUCAGGAGCGACUCCUCCAUGUUCUCAGCAACAAUUAUUGGAGGGGCUGUAGGCGGAGCAGUUCUAGUACUAGUUGUCUCCAUUAUCUUGUUUGUGCUGCUUCGAAAAAGACAUCACACCUUCAAGGGGGACUACAACACUAAGAAGCACGUGUAUGGAAAUGGCUACAGCAAGGCUGGCGUCGCACAGCACCCACCAAUGGCCCAGAGUUUGCAAUACCCUGAGGAUUCUGAUGAUGAAAAGAAACCAGGCCCAGUGGGAAGCAUUAGCUAUGAAGAGGAGGAAGACGAUGAUGGUCUCGAUGGGCGCAAACUAAGCACAAAGUACGACGAUGAAUCUAAGCGCCCAUAUUUCACAGUGGAAGAGGGGGAUCGUUGUGGUUAUGGUGAGGACAGAACUCUAGGGUUCCAAUAUGAGCCAGAAGAUCUUCCUGAUAGUCUUGUGCCCCAAAAUGAUGGUUCCUUCAUCUCAAAGAAGGAGUGGUACGUGUGAGAGUGCUGUACAGAAUAAACUGACCUAUGUGGCUGGACAUAUGCACAUGCCCUGGCCUUUGCAAUGGGGAAAUGUCUAAGGCUAUCAGGAGCAAUGAUUAGGUGAUCAGAGCAUUUGUCUUGUUUCUUGAUAUAUAAAUAUAAAGUCUUUUUUAUGCCUCACAUUUGCAGGGUCUUUGUGGCGUGUCAAAAAAAGAAUCCCAUACCUAACCCUUAUACAUUCAGUUUCAUGUAAUGCUCUCAUAAGAUGACGUAAACUUAACAAACAGGGUCACUGUCUCAUCGUGUUUAAGUUCAUUGCCAUAAGAUGACACACACAGCAUGCUUUUUCUUUACACAGUAGAUGUUGUGCAAAUGCACAAUUACUUGAUAUUGCUUCUAAGGAACCAUGGCUUAAUUCUGUCACUGAUGCUGAUCAGCAUAGCAUACUACUGAAAAGGCAAGAGAAGAAGAGUCUUAAUAUUCAGAUCACACAGAAACUACAUACGUUCAGUAAUACAAAAACCUAUCCCUGACAAACAAUCCAAUGUAUAUAUAUCUAAAAAUAUGCAACCUGCCAGUCAAGGAUACAUUGCCAUCUCAUUUAUCACGUACUUUGCAUCCUGCCAUUCCUUGCUGUAAACACUGGAAUCUACUGCUGGGUUCUUUGUAGACUUUUUUUUGUUUUGUUUAAUAGUUUUUUUUUUCUUUGUCUACUGUUGGGAGAUUAUUUUUACCUUAUUCCAGGUACAGGCUGCUCUGCCACAGAUAUAAUCCUCAUUUGCAGGAUGAUUAUACAUAAGAAGAAAGAGGGACCUCAAAGUCUUGCGAGAAUUCUGUGUAUUUUUAUUUCUAUCUGGACAUAUCACAGUGAACAUUUAUGACCAAAAUUUCUGUACUGACAUGGAAUUGUGUUAAUGCACCCUUCCUCCAAUGCAACUGUGUAAUGGAAUUAAAUGUUAGUGUACAUAUAUGGUGGUACGUUACGAGAGGUAACAUUUAUGAUGUCAUGUGAGCAGGGGUCAAGUCCUGGGGAAAAAAAAGUACGGGAACUCACCCAAGAUUUCCACUCAACGGCUGGUCUAGCAGAAUUCAUGCUAAUGAGAACAGUGUUCCUGCUGUGGAAAAAGUGCAGGAACUCAGUUCCCAAUGCGUUCCUGCAGGACUUGAGCCCUGCAUGUGAGUAUGGCUCCAACCUCCUGGUAUUUUAUUUUAAUCUACACAACAUAAAUGCAACACUUUGGUAUUGUUUAUGAUUAUCACAUUUAAUAUUGUGGACACCGGUAAUUCAUAAAGACAUUUAUUAUAGUCUGUGUUGUAUUGUUUUUGCUGCAGAUCUCCCAUGGAAGUGGCAGACUAACUGAAGAACCUUGAGCACUUUGAACAGAUUUUUGUUUUUUUUUAAUGAUUUGUACAAGGUUAGAUAAACAUAGCCAUUUUAUAGCUUUCUAUAGCCUCGGAGUUGUACAGAGCUGUAAUAGGGCUCUCAUAUAAGCCAAUGGGUCUAAUUUGGUCUCAUAGCCUCCAGUUUAAUUCAGAGGAGUAUAUAGUUUUUUUUUUUCCUUAUCAGGUUCCAUAUGAAUUUAACAAUACAAAAUGUGUGCUUGUGUUGGAUAAAAUUCGAUAUUGGGGGAGAUAAAAUAAAGUGUGUGCGUCAUAAUUUUGGCGCAGUUUUUAUAACAAAAUGCACCACUUUUGGAACACAUUUUUGUCUUAAAGGCCAUGUUCACAUGACGGAAUUCCUGUGUGGAAUUCUUCCGCAGCAGCAAAGUCCCAUUGAUUUUAAUGGGAUUUUGCUGCACUGUGCACAUGGCAGAAUUUUUGCGCCAGAUGUUUCUGCCAUGGGAAUUCUGAUUCCAGCGUCUGCAGAAAGACUAGCCAUGUCUAUUCUUUCUGUGGAUUCCACAAGGAAAUGCAUUGCUGUCUAUGAGAAUCUGUAGAAUGUCUGCACAGAGAUUUUCUGUGCAGACAUUUAACCAUGCGAACAUGGCCAAAGGAAGCAAGUUUAAAGGGGAACCCUUAGGGAAUUUUAUGGUCUCUGUGCAUUGCUGUGCAUCAGCCCAAAAGGUACGUAGGCAAGAUUCUAUAGUAAAAAUAAAAUAUUUACCAAUAUUCUGUCCUCACAUUUGACUUGUCUGCCCCACAUUAACCACAUAUAGGCACUAUGCCCACUAGCAUAUGUAUAUUGCCAUUGUGUUUUCAUGUUUCUACUUUCAUUCUCAAGAGGAUGUUCCUUAUAUUUGGUUUGUUAGUGUCUAAACACUAGAAAUGGUAGUUAGUAUUAAAUGGAGUCAUCCAUCAUUCGCAAUAACUAUAACUUUAUAUCAAUUAUUCAACUAUUAUAUCUGAAAAAUGCCAUGCAUUCAUGUUUAUUGACCUAUACACAGGCUGGUGCUGGGCAAAUCGUCAAGUUCUGGACAAUAAAAAGGCACUUAGGGCUGACCACAAAUUUGUGAAGACCAUCCCUAAUAUAGACACAAUUUUUCUGUGACAGAUUAGCCAAUUUUCUAAUAUAUAUUGGACUAAAUAAUCAAAACCUGUUUACUUCUUAGACAGUGUAAAAUUAGACUAGACAGUCAAAGGUUGUGCCGAAUUCUUAACAGCCGCUCGGCUGUUUGAAAAUCUAGUGCAUGUUUAGUUUGUCUAGUAUAACUUUGCACUAUUAAUUGGCUUAGUUUUAUGCCCAAUAUCUGAAACAAAAAGUGUUGCAUUUAUGCCACACCCAGUUUACAGAUGCCACGUCCACUUUCAGUAAUCCACACCCCUUUGUUACAAAAGUGUUUAAAAUACAUAAAAAAAUGGAGUGCAAAUCAUGUAUAAUCAUCCGCCCAUGCCCCUUCAUCCACUCAUACCCAUUCCCUUCACCUGCCUGGUUGAACUUGAUUGACUUGUGUCUUUUUUCAACCGUAGUAAUUAUGUAACUAUGUAAGACUGGGUUUCCUACCUACUAGGUUUAUCUACCACUGAGGUUUUUGAGCCAAAACCAGAAGUUGAUCCGGAAGGAAUAGAUAAUAAAAAGGAAUGACUUAUACUUCCCCUUUCUGCUCUAUCCACUCCUGGCUUUGGCUUAAAAACUGCCAGACGGAAACCUAGCCUGAGCCAGUUUUUGAUGCAGACAGCUUUGACUAUCUCCUCCUUUUGGCUUGUUUACACAAUUGUUUUUAAUUGCAAUUAUUAAAGGGGUACUCCGGUGAAAAUCUUUUUUCUUUUAAGUCAACUGGUGGCAGAAAGUUAAACAUAUUUAUAAAUUACUUCUAUUAAAAAAUAUUAAUCCUUCCAGUACUUAUUAGCUGCUGAAUGCUACAGAGAAAAUUCCUUUCUUUUUGGAACACUGAUGACAUCACGAGCACUGUGCUCUCUGCUGACAUCUCUGUCCAUUUUAGCAACCACGCAUAGCAGAUGUAUGCUUAGGGCAGCAUGGUUGCUCAGUGGUUAGCACUGCUGCCUUGCAGUGCUGGGGACUUGGGUUCAAAUCCCACUAAGGACAACAAUAAAUAAAGCGUUAUUAUUAUUAUUAUAAUAACGUCAGCAGAGAGAACUGUGCUCGUGAUGUCAUCAGAGAGCAUUCCAAAAUGAAAAGAAUUUCCUCUGUUGUAUUCAGCAG